UCCAAUAGUCAGUCAUGUCGGAGUCAGGUGACACGAGUCUUCCAUUUAAGAGCAAACUUGCGAAAGGAUUGAGUCCAGGAGAUUCCAUUAUGGUGAAGGGGCAGAUCUCUGGUUCCCCAGAGAGAUUCUCUGUAAACCUGCGCAUCAGUAACUCUGAGGACAUUGCUUUACACUUAAACCCUCGUUUCAAAACUGGUUCCUUCAUUCGAAACUCUUUCCUGUCUGGUUGUUGGGGGGUUGAGGAGACUUCCCUCCCCAGCUUUCCCUUCUCAGCCGGUCAAUACUUUGAGAUGAUCAUCCUGUGUGAAGCUCAGGAGUUUAAAGUGGCAGUAAACGGGUUCCACCAGCUGUGUUACAAGCAUCGUGUGCAGGAUCUAAGUUGUGUGGAUGUGAUCGCGAUUGUGGGAGAUCUAGAGCUUAAGGAUGUCAAGAUUUGUGAUGAGAACUACAGUAGCUGAGAGGGACAAGCUGCCAACAUCAGAGCAGACAGCGAGACGCUCAGAGACGACGAACCAGGGUGAAGAUGGAAAAGAGUUUUAGCUUGAUUAUGUUUUGCUUCCUGCUAGGCGUUACGGUGAGAAAUACCUCCAAACACAUUGAUCUUCAAAACCCAGUCUUUUGAAGUGCUCCUGUAACGCUUGUCAGACUUUCCGAGUGUCUCUUUUGAUCUUGGUUCACAAAUGUAAAAAUUGAAAUAAACUUUGUAUGCAGGGUCCAAAAUGAACCUGCGGUCGGGUGAUUUGAGGAAAUGUACUGGUCAUAAAUAUUUCUUAAUGGCCGUGAACAUAUAUUUUUGCUCCUUCAAAAAUGGAAUGACAAAUCUGUUUACUUCUUGCAUAUUUAUGAUAAACAGCAAACAAUAUUUUACAUACUGAACUGAUAUCCAUCAGUCGCCAUCGUUCUAAAAACAUCUUUCUAAAAAAAAAUGUUUCACAUACAUUCAA